AGAAUUAAAUGAGAUAAGCGUUUUUCAACCUUCCCCAGACCCCACCACCAUCAUAUUAAAAGCAGAUCAAUUCUUGAGGUUUCAACGCUUUGUGCAAAACACCCCAUAUAUCCGGAAACUUUCUACAUCGGAAGAUAAUAAACUAUGGCGAGGAGGGCGGUGCUGAUCGGCUGCAACUAUCCGGGGACGAAGGCGGAGCUCAAGGGGUGCAUCAACGAUGUUCGACGGAUGUACGCUUGCCUUGUGGAGCGUUACGGGUUCUCCGAGGAGGAUAUCACGGUGCUUAUUGACACUGACGAUUCUUACACCCAGCCAACUGGCCGGAAUAUCCGUGCUGCGUUGGCCGAUCUGGUAAGUUCCGCCCAGCCGGGGGACUUUCUGUUCGUGCACUACAGUGGUCACGGUACCCGCCUUCCAGCAGAGACCGGCGAGGAUGAUGAUACCGGCUAUGAUGAGUGCAUUGUCCCAACUGACAUGAACCUCAUUACUGAUGAUGAUUUCAGAGAAUUGGUUGACAAAGUACCAGAGGGAUGCCAGAUCACCAUUGUGUCCGAUUCUUGUCACAGCGGAGGUCUGAUUGAUGAGGCCAAGGAGCAGAUUGGAGAAAGCACUAAACAGGUCAGGGAAGAAGGCCAUGAAUCAGGCUUUGGAUUCAAGAACUUCCUACGUAGAAGCGUUGAAGAUGCAAUUGAAUCGCGCGGUAUUCACAUACCAUCUGAAUUGGGAUUCGGCCACCACCAUCAGCGGCGCCACCAAGAAGAUGAAGGAGAAGAAGAAAUAACAGAUGGAAAUCAAGGUCACGCCUAUGUAAAGAACAAAUCUUUGCCACUCUCAACUCUCAUUGAGUUACUCAAGCAAAAAACUGGGAAGGACGACAUUGACGUGGGCAAACUGCGGCCUACCCUUUUUGAUGUAUUUGGGGAUGAUGCCAGCCCAAAGGUUAAGAAAUUUAUGAAUGUCAUCUUCAGCAAACUGAAAGGCCAUGGCCAGGAAGAGGGUGAAGGCGGUGGGUUUUUGGGAAUGGUGGGCAGCUUGGCUCAGCAGUUUCUGCAGCAGAAGCUCGAAGAGAAUGACGAGGGCUAUGCAAAACCUGCUCUGGAAACCCAUGUUGGAAGCAAGCAAGAAGUGUAUGCUGGGGCAACCAAAAGAGGCCUACCUGAUAGUGGCAUCCUCAUUAGCGGCUGCCAGACAGACCAAACAUCUGCGGAUGCCAGCCCAUCAGGACAUGCCAGUGAAGCUUAUGGUGCUUUGAGCAAUGCCAUUCAGACUAUAAUUGCAGAAUCGGAUGGCCGAGUGAGUAACCAAGAACUGGUGCUUAGAGCCAGGGAGCUGUUGAAGAAACAAGGCUUCACUCAGCGUCCAGGACUAUACUGCAGUGAUUAUCACGUUGAUGUUCCUUUCGUUUGCUAAUGGGAUUUUGCCUUGGCAGUUUCUGAUAUACUGAGUGCGGGUAAAAAGAUUGUUUUUAGUGCUGGGUGGUUUCUGAGAACAUGGUUAUUUACUUCAGUCGGUCAUAUUUGUGUAGCGUGCAUGUGUUUAUCCAUACUUGUUCUGCGCUUAAUCAGUUGAAUGUACAAUAAAUUUGUUUCAAUGGAGUUGUCUGAUGAUGAGCUUUGUAAUUUUAAG